AUGGGGGGCAAGAAAGAAAACAAGGCCGCUUACUUCGAUAAGCUCAAGGUGCUCCUCGAGGAGUACAAGAGCAUCUUCAUCGUCACCGUCGACAAUGUCUCGUCUCAGCAGAUGCACGAGAUCCGACAGUCCCUCCGUGGCGAGGGUGUCGUUCUCAUGGGAAAGAACACCAUGGUUCGUCGUGCUCUGAAGGGUCUCAUCCCAGACUCCCCAGAGUAUGAGCGUCUGCUUCCCCACGUCAAGGGCAACGUCGGCUUCGUCUUCACCAACGCCGACCUCAAGGAGACCCGUGACAAGAUCCUCGCGAACCGUGUCGCUGCCCCUGCUCGUGCUGGUGCCCUUGCGCCUGAUGAUGUCUUCAUCCCGGCCGGAAACACUGGUAUGGAACCCGGAAAGACCUCUUUCUUCCAGGCUCUCGGUGUCCCCACCAAGAUUGCUCGUGGUACCAUUGAAAUCACAGCCGACUUGAAGCUCGUCGAGGCUGGCUGCAAGGUCGGUGCCUCCGAGGCCACCCUUCUCAACAUGUUGAACAUCUCGCCCUUCACCUACGGUAUGGGUAUCUACCAGAUCUACGACAACGGCCAGACCUUCGAGCCCCACGUUCUGGACAUCGAGGAGUCCCAGCUCCUGAAGGCCUUCUCCUCGGCCAUCAGCACCAUCGCCAGUAUCUCCCUGGCUGUCAGCUUCCCCACUCUGCCCUCCGUCAUGCACUCCGUCGUCAACUCCUACAAGAAGGUUCUCUCUGUUGCCAUUGAGACCGACUACGAGUGGGAGGAGAUCUCUGAGCUCAAGGACCGCAUUGCCAACCCCGACAAGUACGCUUCUUCUGGCCCUGCCGCUGGCGGUGCCACUAGCAGUGAUGCUCCUGCUGCCGAGGCUACCAAGGAAGUCGAGGAAGAGAAGGAGGAGUCCGAGGAUGAGGACAUGGGCUUCGGUCUCUUCGACUAA